UGCGAGAUCUGGCGCUGCUGAGGAGAGGAGUGUCAUCGACAGUGGCCGCGCCAUGGUAGCUCAACAGAAGAACCUUGAAGGCUACGUGGGAUUUGCAAAUCUCCCAAAUCAAGUAUACAGAAAAUCAGUGAAGAGAUUAUUUGAAUUUACUAUCAUGGUUGUGGGUGAAUCUGGACUGGGGAAAUCAACAUUAAUCAACUCAUUAUUCCUCACAGAUUUGUAUUAUCCAGAAUAUCCGGGUCCUUCUCAUAGGAUAAAAAAGACUGUACAGGUGGAACAGUCCAAAGUUUUGAUAAAAGAAGGUGGUGUUCAGCUGCUACUCACAAUAGUUGAUACACCAGGAUUUGGAGAUGCCGUGGACAAUAGUAAUUGCUGGCAGCCUGUAAUUGACUACAUUGACAGUAAAUUUGAGGACUACUUAAAUGCAGAAUCUCGAGUGAACAGACGUCAGAUGCCUGAUAGCAGGGUGCAGUGUUGUUUAUACUUCAUCGCUCCUUCAGGACAUGCUUUGGAUACUGAAUUUAUGAAGCAUUUGCAUGAAAAAGUGAAUAUCAUCCCACUUAUUGCCAAAGCAGAUACACUCACACCAGAGAAAUGCCAACAGUUUAAAAAACAGAUAAUGAAAGAAAUCCAAGAACAUAUAAUUAAAAUAUAUGAAUUUCCAGAAACAGAUGAAGAAGAAAAUAAGCUUGUUAAAAAGAUAAAGGACCGUUUACCUCUUGCUGUGGUUGGUAGUAAUACUAUCAUUGAAGUUAAUGGCAAAAGGGUAGUUGAAAAUGGUGAGAACUGUGAUUUUACAAUUCUAAGAAAUAUGUUGAUAAGAACACACAUGCAGGACUUAAAAGAUGUUACUAAUAAUAUACACCAUGAAAACUAUAGAAGCAGAAAACUGGCAGCUGUGACUUACAAUGGAGUUGAUAAUAAUAAGAAUAAAGGGCAGCUUACCAAGAGUCCUCUUGCACAAAUGGAAGAAAAAAGAAGGGAACAUGUGGCUAAGAUGAAAAAGAUGGAGAUGGAGAUGGAACAGGUGUUUGAGAUGAAAGUAAAAGAAAAAGUUCAAAAACUGAAGGACUCUGAAGCUGAGCUCCAACGGUGCCACAAGCAAAUGAAAAAGAAUUUGGAAGCACAGCACAAAGAAUUAGAAGAAAAACGUCGCCAGUUUGAAGAUGAGAAAGUAAACUGGGAAGCUCAACAAUGAAUUUUAGAACAACAGAACUCUUCAAGAACCUUGGAAAAGAACAAGAAGAAAGGGAAGAUCUUUUAAGCCCUCUGUUGACCACCAGUUAUGUAUUAGUUGCCAAUAUGCCAGCUUGGACAUCAGUGUUUGUUGGAUCCGUUGACCAAUUUGCACCAGUUUUAUCCAUAAUGAUGGAUUUAACAGCAUAACAAAAACCUUAUUUUUUUGUU